AUGAGUCGUCGAAUCAUCUCCGGCGGCUGUCACCCGGUAGAGCAGAAAAACGGCGACUUUGUGGCUCUCCGACGGCUGUCACCCGAUAGAGAGGAGCUGGAUUGAGGUGGGGCGCGUGUCAGGGAGCUUCAUCCUCAAGUCCGCGCAGCAAGAGGAGGCUCUUCAUCGCAUCUAGUAUGCUCUCAGGAGGUGGCGACUUGUCUCCCGGCAGAUCAUCCUCUUCCCGAUGACGGCUUGUUCAUCGAUCAAUCAGAGAUGCUUUACUUGAUGGAUUCACGAUCCUUGUAUCGCGAAUUGACAUGACUCAGUCGUUGUAUAUUAAAUCAUGCAAAUCUAAAAUUUAUAAAACUAGAAAAUACGAUUUUUCAGAUAUUUAGAAGUAUUUCUGAACAAAUGUAUCAAUUAUAAUUCAAUAAAACUUCCCAAAAUACUAGUAAUUUUCUUGGUCAAUCACAAGGAUGUAGUAUAAUAUUUGGUAAUUAUUCAGAUUUUUUCUCAAUGAAUACAAUUUUCUAUGAAUUUUAUACUAGGAAAUGAAAAAUAAAUAUAUUUAAAAUUCACGAAAAAAGGAAAUAAGGGUGCGGACGUCAGGAUGACGUUAGUGCCCGAUGAUCGUGAAUCGGGCAAAAACAGAGUUCCACCCGGCGAUUCUUAUGUAAGCGAUUACAGACGAUUUAAUUCAUCAAAUUAAGAUCUGUAAAAGCCGGAAGAAUCCUAAUUGAACGAAGUAUAUUUUGGUAAAUUAAAAUCACACAAAGUAUCACUAAAUGAAGCGUAAAUUAAGUUGAAAGCAAGAAAACAGAGUUCUGGCAUCGUGGCGGCGAUGCGUCGGCGAUGCACCGAAAUCGUGAGCGUUUGGGAGGAUUGUCUUGUAGUGUCCACGGCCUCGAAGGCUCUCCUUGGACAAAGACGACGUGGGCAAUCUCUAGAUCUCCUUGCGAAGUCUAGAGAUUAAUGAAAUGGGUCGUUGACUCGUCUUCGGCGGCUGUCACCCGGCGGAGCGGAAAAACGGCGACUUUGCGGCUCUCUGGCGGCUGUCACCAGACGGAGAGGAGCUGGAUGGAGGUGGGGCGCAUGUCAGGGAGCUUCAUCCUCGGGUCUGCGUAGUAAGAGGAGGCUCUUCAUCGCAUCUGGUACGCUCUUAGGAGGUGGCGACUCGUCUCCCAACAGAUAGUCCUCUUCCCGACGACGGCUUGUUUGUCGAUCAAUCGGAGAUGCUUUACUCGAUGGAUUCCCGAUCCUUUUAUCGCGAAUUGUUCAGCAUGUUUAGUAACAAUGCUCCGCAAAUCGUGUUGACGAGAUUUUCACCGAUGAUCUAACGAUUCUAGUUGCUUAAUCCUUUACUGGUGCUCUGCAAGAAAGUCGCGAUAAUCAAAUAAAAAAUAUGAGUUUUGGCUCUGGGAGGAUUCGAACCCGCACUAGUUGCCCGCCCUUUCUGGGGAAGGUGACGCAGGUUUAGUCCCACAUCGGUUGUGCGCCGAAGUUUUUGGCGAAUAUAAAGUAAUAUUACAUUCCCGAUCAAGCGUGCGUGUACGACCACUCCUUGCCCCACAGCCGACUGGCCACCGGUGACGUGGAAGGGGAGUGGCGUACACGUUCCCCCAUCGGUUCAAGCCGCUUGAGCCCUUGCUUGCGGCUAUUUCCCGACUGUGCUUCUGACCCGCUCGCGGGUCUGGCUUGCCGGCGGGUCCCCCUAUUUUGUAAUAUUUUUUUUUUAAUUCUUUUUCUUCAUUUAUCUCAAACGUAAGACUGUAAAAAUCAUAUAAAUUUGUAUAAAAUCACAUAAUUACCUAACAAAUCACAUUAAUCAACUAAAAACCACUUUUCACACUUUAACACAAAUAUAAGUCUAUUUAUCAUGAGUUAGGGCUAAAACUAUAUUAUUUACUAAUUAUUAACUCAUGAUAAUGAAGACUAAUCACAAAUUGUUCAGCAAUUUUAGUAACAAUGCUCUGCAAAUUGCGUUGACGAGAUUUUUGACGAUGAUCCAGCGAUUCUGGUUGCUUAAUCCUUCACCAACGAUCUGCAAGAAAGUCGCGAUAAUCAGAUAAAAAAGAUGAGUUUUGGCUCUGGGAGGAUUCGAACCCAUGCCGGUUGCCCCGCUCCUUUUGAAAAGGUGAUGCGAGUUUAGUCCCACAUCAGUUGUGCGUCAAAUUUUCGGACAAAUAUAUAGUAAUGUUAGAUUUCUAAGCAAGUCCCUUUCUCGCACGUGUAUGACCACUCCUUGCCCCACAGCCGGCUGGCCACCGGUGAUGUGGAAGGGGAGUGGCGCACACGUGCCCCCAUCGGUUCAAGCCGCUCGAGCCCCUGCUUGCGGCUACUCCCCGACUACACUACUGACCCGCUUGCCCCGACUAGCUGGCAGGUCCCCUGAUUUUGCUAUAUUUUUAUUUUAAUUUCUUUUCCUUUAUUUAUCUCAAAAGUAAGAUUGUAAAAAUCUUAUAAACUCACAUAAUUACCCAAAAAUUCACAUUAAUCAAUUGAAAACCACUUUUCACACUUUAACACAAAUAUAAGUCUAUUUAUCAUGAGUUAAGGCUAAAACUAUAUUAUUUACUAAUUAUGAACUCAUGAUAUUAAAGACUUAUCACACCCCCCAACUUAAAUCAUUGCUAGUCCCUUAGCAAUGGAAUUACGAAAAUAAAAAUUUACAAAUCUCAAACAUCAUAUUUCAAUAUAGAAAGAAAAAAAAUACAAUUAGAAAUGAUGCACCUUUAGACACUUUGGACUCUUAUAUCAAGUAUUUAAGAAUGAUGUCAAGCACUUAGAUGUUUAAGUACUCCUUGGAAUAACAAUCUAGACUUCACUUCUUCUAUUCACAUCUUUAUCACUUCUUUACUCAUAGAUAUAUUUACAAGAUGUUCCAAUUAUCAAUAAUCAUCUAAGAAUAAUAUUGAUCCUACAUUUCCCUUUUUCCAUGGCUUGAUUUUUGAAGUGUGCACUAUAUUUCUUCCUUCUUUUUUUUUUGAUAUAUAUAGUGGAUAAGUAGCUUUUCCUGUAGACAAAUUUUGACAAUAAGAAUGAUGUCUCACAGCCUCCAUGUGUACUCUUCAUUUUCAAGGCUUUCACUUUAUCCACUUAUUUUGCAGUAAGUGUUUUUCUAUACACGAUUUUCGACAAUGAGAAUAAUGUCUCACACCCUCCAUGUGUACUCUUCGUUUCUAGAUUUUUCACAUUGCUCUCCCUCUUUUUUUCAAAAUAAAUGAUUUCUCCUCACAAUUCUUAUAGAUCUGGGUGCAAAAAUCUCUAUUAAACUCAAAUGAUCAAUCAAAUUUUUACAUCAAGUAAAUACUAUCCAUCAAGAUCAUGAAGUGAAAAUCUGUAAAAUCAAAUCCAUGUUAUCUAUCAUGUAUCCAAGGAGUAUUCCAACAUUUCAUGCUACUAGAUCAUUCUUUUGACUCAAUAAUAAUCUUCCUAGUAUCUUUUGGUCAAUCAAUCUAAUUGAUUUAAUUUUUCAUGCAUGCAAUAUGAUGUAAGAAAUUUGUAAAUUAGAUAGUUCUGACAAUUCUAUUUUCUGUUUUUAGUUCUAUUUUUAGUAACAAUAAAUUUGUCAAAAAUAAAUCAAAACUAUCCUCUUUAUAGUUGUAAUUUCGAAUUUCAGUGAUAUAUGUCUAGGAGAUUGAAAUGUGAGAAAAGGGUCUCUAGAAUUUCAAAUUUCAGGCUGUUUUUUGUCUGUUGUUCCUAACAGAAAAUCAGAAAAUAGAUAUUGCAGUUUUUACGAAUUUUAUUUAUUAUUAUUUUUUUUCAGUUGCUGUUCUAAUGCAAACACAUGUUCUUAAUCAUCCUACAGCAUAAAUUAAUAAUGAAUACUUCACCCCCCAACUUAAAAAUGACAUUGUGCUCAAUGACACAGAAAAUCAAAACAGAAUAUGUAGAAAAUAUAAUUUUCAAGUGAAGCAUGCAUAUGUGCAAAGUUAAGCAUUAAAAAUAUUUUCAUAAAUGAUAAAACUCAGAAAGACAUCACCCCAACCUCGUUUUUAAUUUUUCACUUCAUCUUACACUCCUCCUGCACUUUUUCGAAAAAACAAAUACAAAAACAAGUACUGCAAAAUUCUAAGAAAAAUAGAGCUUAGAAAAAAAUCAAACAGAAUGAAAUAAAAACCAUGGGUUGCCUCCCAUGUAGCACUAGAUUUAAUAUCUUCAGCUGGACAGCUCUUAGAUCAUAUAAGAUGAUCUAUGGCCAUCAAAAUAUAUUUGUAUCCCUAGGUAAGUUUCAUGAUAUUCUUUUUCAGAUUUAGCAUAAAUUCAUAUACUUCAUAUAUAUACCUUGACAUACUUUCAGCCAAAAAAAAAUGGAAAUUAACAAAAUUUUCCCAAAAAUAAUAUUUCCAUUUUCAAAAAAAUCUUUCCUUAUUUCUAUCUUGUUUUGUAAGGCUCUCAUUCAUUAAUAAAUACUCUUUCUAUUAAUAGACCAUAAAAUGUGAUCAGGCCAUAUAAUUUUCAAAUUAGCUCUUACCCAAUCUAAAUUCUUUUCAUCUAAAUUGAUAUCUCUAAUUCUUCCACUCACCCAUUUCUUAAUGUCUUCUUUUAUCUACAUAAUCUUCCCCUGCUCCAUUUUAUCUUCCAUACAUAUUUGUUCAAUUUGCGAGGAGUGAAAUAUUUCAAGCUUAGAAAUAAUUCUAAUGGGCUAUGGGUUUUGAAUGAUGGAAGGAUUACCUUCUUUAAUCUCAAAUCUAAUGAAUUCAGUAAAAUUCAAAUUUUCUCCUCCAAAAUUAUCUCUAUAUUCAUAUUCAUUAUUUUCGUUUCUCUCCAUUAGUUGAAUUAACUCUUUUUCUAGUUUUUCAUUUCUCAACUCAUCAAAUUCUUCAUCUUCCCAAGAGCUAUCUUUUAAUUUUGGUAUAUGAUAUACAUCAUCAUCCUCACUAUCAACAUCCAUGGCUGCAAAAUUAUGAUUAGGUUUAUUAAUUUUGUCUCCUACAUCUCUCAAAACAACUGAUUUUUCCUCACCUGAAAUAUGUUUCUCUUCAUUUCUGUCCUUACUCCCUUCUACUAAAAUUUGGAUGAUUCUUCAUUCUAAGGGCUCUUUCUCCUCAUCAUCCUCACUAUAUUCAUUCAUCAAUUGUGAGCAAUAAAUGAUUUUAUUCAAAUUUUCUGCUACUAUAUUUCUAGCCUUAAUAUUCUCAUUUACUUCUAUUGGCUCAUCAAUUUCUUCUAAUAAUUGGAAAUAUGGAUUUGGUAAAACAUUCUCACUCAAUGUAUUCACUGUCCUAACAUUUUCAUUUCGUGGGUUUUUUUCUAAAUUUAUCCAGCUAGACUCUCCUUGCUGAAAUCCUACUAUUGGACAGUUUCCUGAAUUUUCUAUGGGCUGACUAGGUGGCUGUCCCUCUUCUCUCUUAUUCCCAAGAGUUUCUAUAAUUUUUUUCUAGUGCAGCAUCAUUUGAUUCAUAGUUUGUUGCAUCAUUUGGCUCAUUUGCUGCAUCAUUUCCAUAGUAUCAGGUUGGGUUUGAGAGGGCUGAUUUUUCUGAAAUCUAUAUUCUUGUUUUGGACGAAAUUUAGAGUUUGAAUUGGGUCUAAGUGCUUCUGAAUUUUGAAUAUUAUUUUCAUGAAAAAUUAUUCCUCCAAUUAGGAUUAUAAGAAUUUGAAAAAGGUUCCCUAUUUCUAUUAAAACCGUGAGCUACUUGCACUUGUUCUUGCCUAGGGUGAAAUGAUUGACCUAAAUUAUAGUAUUGAAAUUCAGAAUAAUCAUUUUCACCAUACAUAGGACAUGUACUAUUUGAAUUAAAUUGAGGGUUAAGAGGCUUUCUAAUAUUGUCAAUAAGUAAAUCAAGUUUUUCUAAUCUUUGAUUAAUCUGAUUAACAUCAUUUCUCAAUUUAGUCAUCAUGAUGCAAUUCAUAAAUUGCUCUCUUCUUAUCCCUAUCAUAUAAUUCAAAAGAGGCUUGAUCUCUAGAAUUUUCACUUAAAUUUUCAUAAAGACUGUAAAUCUCAUCAGGGGUUUUCUCCAUAAAAGCUCCUCCACAUAUAGAAUCAACCAUAUUUCUAUGUUGUUCUAAUAAUCCAUCAUAAAAAAUUCUAUUGAGCUGCCACUUUGGUAUAGCAUGAUGAGGACACUUUCUAAGUAAAUCUUUGAAUUUUUCCCAUGUCUCAUGCAAAGUUUCUCCUGGUCUUUGAGAAAAAUUCUAUAUAUGUUUUCUCAUAUUUUGAGUUUUUCCUAAGGGAUAAAAUUUUCGAAGAAAGGCUUGUUCUAUGUCUUUUCAGCUAGUUAAUUCUCUAUCUAAUGUGGAUAACCAAUGGCUAGCUUUGUCCCUAAGUGUAUGAGGAAAUAAUUUCAUCUUAAUAAUUUCCGGUGUACCUUGAGGGACAUUAACUAAAUCACAAACCAUAUGAAAUUUUUCUAACUGUUGAUGAGGUUCCUCUAAAGGCAAUCCAUGAAAAUUAGGGAGCAUUUGAAAAAUUCCUAGAUUUAUUUCGAAUUUAACAGUGGGUGCUAAUGGGACUCUAAUAUUGGAUGCUCUUUGAAAUGAAUCAGGGAUAUAAUAAUUUUUCAUGGCCAUAGGAUUGUUCUCAGUUUGACCUGUACUUUCUUCAGGAUCUAUCAAAAUUAAUUUUUUUCUUUCGGAUUUUUAGUUUUGGAUGAAAUAAUAGAAGGAUUUUCUAGUCUUGGAUGCAAGGAUCUUCCACCAUGCAUAAAAAAAAGCAAUAAAUUCGAGGGAAAAAAGUUUAGUAAUUGUUACCCUCCUUCAGUAUGCUCCAGUCCUUGCCUUGCUUCUUUUCAUUCCCUUUUUCUAAAAAAAAAUUUCGGCAAGAAAAAAAUAAAACAAGAGUUAAUUUUUUUUUUGUGUACUCUAAGAAAAAAACAGAAAAAUACUAAAUAUAUGCAAUACAUCUCCGGCAACGGCGCCAAAAUUUGAUGUGACUUAGUCAUUGUAUAUUAAAUCACGCAAAUAUAAAAUUUUUAAAACUAGAAAAUAUGAAUUUUCGGAUAUUUAGAAGUAUUUCUGAACAAAUAUAUCAAUUACAAUUCAAUAAAACUUCCAAAAAAAGCGCUAAUUUUCCAGGCCAAUUACAAGGAUGUAAUAUAAUAUCUGGUAAUUAUUCAGAAGUUUUUGCAAAGAAUACUAUUUUCUAUGAAUUUUAUACUAGGAAAUGAAAAGGAAAUAUAUUUAAAAUUCACGGAAAAAGAAAAUAAGGGUGCGAACGUCAGGAUGACGUCAGCGCCCGACAAAUGCGUAUCGGGCGGAAACAGAGUUCCACCCGACGAUUCUUAGGUAAGCGAUUACAGACGAUUUAAUUGAUCAAAUUAAGAUCUGUAAAAGCCGAAAGAAUCGUAAUUGAACGAAGUACAUUUUGGUAAAUUAAAAUCACACAAAUUAUCACUAAAUGAAGCGUAAAGUAAGGUGAAAGUAAGAAAACAGAGUUCCGGCAUCGCGGCGGCAAUGCAUCGGCGAUGCACUGGAAUCCUGAGCAUUCGGGAGGAUAGUCGUGUAGUGUCUACAGCCUUGAAGGCUCUCCUUGGACAAGGACGAUGUGGGCAAUCUCUUGAUCUCCUUGCAAAGUCUAGAGAUCAAUGAAAUGGGUCGUCAAAUCAUCUCUAACGGCUAUCACCCGGCGGAGCAGAAAAAGGGCGACUUUGCGACUUCAAAGUUACCCGACAGAGAGGAGCUGGAUGGAGGUGGGGCGCGUGUCAAGGAGCUUCAUCCUCAAGUUCGUGCAGCAAGAGUAGGCUCUUCAUCGCAUCUGGUAUGCUCUCAGGACGUGGCGACUCAUCUCCCGGCGGAUUAUCCUCUUCCCGACGACAGCUUGUUCGUCGAUCAAUCGGAGAUGCUUUACUUGUUGGAUUUGUGAUCCUUUUAUCGUGAAUCGUUCAACAAUUUUAGUAACAAUGCUCCGCGAAUUACGUUGACAAGAUUUUCGCCGAUGAUCCAGCGAUUCUUAUUGCUUAAUCCUUCCACGGCGAUCUGAAGGAAAGUCGUGAUAAUCAGAUAAAAAAAUAUGAGUUUUGGCUCUGGGAGGAUUCGAACCCAUGCUGGUUGCCCCACCCCUUCUGGGAAGAUGACGCGGGUUUAGUCUCACAUCGGUUGUGCGUCGAAUUCUCGGACGAAUAUAUAGUAAUGUUAGAUUUCUAAGCAAGUCCCUUUCUCGCGCGUGUACGACCACUCCUUGCCCCAUAGCCGGCUUGCCACCAGUGACGUGGAAGGGGAGUGA